GAGUAUGCAGACAGUCAAACUUUAAGAUUAAGGUUUUUUGUUAAUUUGUAGCAUCCUAAGACUAGAAUAGACCGCUUUAUCAAAUAGUCAAAUCUUGCAAUUACGUUCCCGAAAAUGUCUAGACGCAUCCUAUUUAAAAUGAGCUAGCUAGCUAUCUUAAUUACUAAAUGUUCAUACGUAAACAAAAUACGCCGCCACUUCCUCAAAGGGAGUAGGCAAGCGCAUGCGUGGCAGUGCUGAAUGAAAAUUAAACGGCAAAUAAAACAGAAUUCAGCUGUAAGCUAGCUAGCUAAGGUUACAUAAGAAUUUGCAAUACAUCUCCAUCGUCGUAAAGACUUUUUAACUUCUCUAAAUACAUUUAGCGUGUGCUACACUUACGAACCUCACAGAGCAUUCCUGCCGAGCUUUUGCUCUCGGGAAAGAAAACUUCCCUUUAGCCUAAGUUAGCUGACCUAGUGUUGGGUUAGUUAACCUAUCUUGCAUUAGCAAGGUUAGCAAACCUUAUCAAACUUACCGUCUUAAGUGACAGAAAACAAGCACAAAACCUAACUAGCUUGGUUACUUUUGUUAAACACUAACAUUACGCUGAGAUCGUCAGCUAGCUAAACACUUAAUUAGCUACAAAGCUAAAAGAAAACUGACAAGUUCGAAACGAAGAGUUUGGUUGGAUCAGAGCCGAGUCUUUGCAGGCGACAUGGAUUUUAAGGUGAUUACCAGUCCGGACUACAUUGCUAAGAUUUAUCGGGAACAGAGUCAGUACCCAUCCCUCAGCCGCGCUGACGUAGGGCCAGUGAUAACUUCUCAAUAUGGUGGAAGUUACAGCAACAUCUCAACAGAGUGGACUCAGCAGGAUCUGGAGAGGAAUGAAAUCGUUAAAUUCUGCCGGCAGUACAUCGUAUUUCAUGACAACAAAUCGAUAGUCUACUCUGGGCCCUCUGGAAACUGCACAGAAAUCAAGGGAGAGUUGCUCAGCCAGGACUCUCCCUCUGGAGAAAUGAAGGCUGUGAUGAGGGAAUGCUCUAUCAAGGGAGAGGAGAAGCAGUUUCUGGAGAUCUGGCAUAGGAACAGAAAGAUAAAAAGCCUCAACCUGACAGAACUGAAGAAGCAUGGAAAGGUGUAUGAGGAUGAUCAGUUUGGCUGCCUGGUUUGGUCUCACUCCGAGACUCACCUUCUGUAUGUGGCGGAGAAGAAACGGCCCAAGGCAGAGUCCUACUUCCAGUCAGGGUCUGAAUCCACUUUGCUUGUUGAUGAAGAUGAGGUGAUGAAAUCAGCGAAGAAAGAGGAUAGCGUCAAGGGUGACCAGUUUGUAUACUAUGAAGAUUGGGGAGAGACUCUAGUCACUAAGGCCACACCUGUUCUCUGUAUUUUGGACAUUGAAGGCAACAAUGUGUCUGUGCUUGAGAGUAUACCAGACAGCAUCUCUCCAGGACAGGCAUUCUGGGCACCUAAUGACACAGGUGUAGUAUUUGUGGGAUGGUGGCAUGAGCCAUUCAGACUGGGACUGAAAUACUGCCGCAACAGAAGGUCAUCUCUGUUUUACGUGGAUCUGACUGGUGGGAAAUGUGAACGGUUGUCAUCUGACUCUGCUGCAGUCUGUUCUCCUCGCCUCAGUCCAGAUCUCUGCCGUAUCGUCUACCUUGAGUGUGAGGUGUAUGGCCCACACCAACAGUGCAACAAGCUGUGCAUGUAUGACUGGUAUACAAAGAAGACAACGGUCGUGGUUGACGUGGUCAAGAGAGCCAAAGAAGAUGGCUUUACUGGGAUCUACAGCACGGUGCUGUCUCAUCAGUGCUGGUCAGCUGACAGCCAGCGAGUCCUUGUAUCCUGUGCUCAGAAAAGCCGCAAGGAUCUUAUAGUGGUUGAUACUUCUACAGACCAAGUUACAUCUCUUACGUCUAAGUCGAACAUGGGAAGCUGGUGUCUACUUACCAUUCAUAGGGAUUUAAUGGUGGUCAGCUGUUCAUCUCCAAACUGCCCUCCGAGCCUGAGGGUGGGCUUUUUGCCAGUGAGUGGUUCAGAGGAUGAGAUGUCAUGGGUUACCCUAGAGGAAGCUCAGACACAGCCUGAAAUUGAUUGGCAGAUUCUCAGUUUUACCCCACCUCCUGAGGAAGACAACAGCCAGUACCCUGGACUGGACUAUGAGGCUAUACUACUGAAACCAAAAGAUGUGACAGAAAAAACAAAACUUCCACUCAUUGUGAACCCACAUGGAGGACCUCACUCUGUAAUAGUAGCUGAGUGGCUCCUGUCCCCAGCAGUUUUUUGCAGUGUUGGUUUUGGUGUCUUACUUGUCAACUACAGAGGCUCUAUUGGCUAUGGUCAGGACAGCAUCCUUUCCUUGCCUGGAAACGUUGGCACACAAGAUGUGAAAGAUGUUCAGUUCGCUGUCGAGAGUGUUUUGAAGCAAGGUGGUUUUGACAGAGAGAAGGUUGUUGUUACUGGGGGCUCCCAUGGUGGUUUCUUGGCAUGCCACCUGAUUGGUCAAUAUCCAGACUUCUAUAAGGCCUGUGCAGCCCGGAACCCAGUCAUCAACCUGGCAUCCAUGAUUGGCAGUACUGAUAUUCCUGACUGGUGUAUGGUGGAAGCUGGAUUUGAUUAUAAAACUAACACCCUUCUGAGCCCUGCCAUGCUUGAGCAAAUGCUAAACAAGUCACCUAUUAAACAUGUCACACAGGUGAAGGCUCCUGUGCUGCUUGCCUUGGGAGAAGAUGACAGGCGUGUGCCUAAUAAGCAAGGCCUUGAGUACUACAAAUCUCUGAAGGCCUUCAAUGUCCCAGUCAGGUUGUUAUGGUACCCAGACAACAACCAUUCAUUGUCCAAAGUGGACGCAGAAUCAGAUGGAUUUAUGAACAUUGUUCUGUGGCUCAUCCAGCACCUCUCCCUCUGAUCACCAGGCUAUAGUGGGAUCACAUUUUUAAAACUAAAUACUAAGUAAUAUGUUACAAUUAUGAAAAUAAGCACUAAUCAGUUAAAGUAAAUAAUAGGGUGAUUUGACAUAAUUGAGGUCUACAUGGUAAACUAGUCGAGGAGAUUGACAAUGAAUCCCUUACAGGCAGUUAGCGUGCUUGUGAUCACUUUAAAUUAAUUCCAGCAAAGAUCCUUACAAUACAAUAUACAUGUUAUUAAUUUAAUCCAUAAUAUGGAAAAAAAACCCCACUUUUUGGCAGGGAUAUUUGAUAACCCUAAAAGAGAGGAUUUUUACUACAAAUGGAAAUGUACAACAAGCGAAGAUGAAAAGGAGCACUGAUAUUAUCUUUCAGUUUGUUAGCAUGCAGUCCUUAGUGACAGGUUCAGAGUAAACGAAGCUUAAAUAAACUUAAUUUUGGAACGUCAAAGUUCAUGCACUGGUUUUAAAAAUGUUAUACUUGAAUGAUGGCAAUUCAUGCCAAAGUCCUGAUGCUAUACCAAAACCAAAAGGUGAUCUGUGUUUCUAGGUGGGUUCUUCCAGGCACUCUGUUUAGCUGCUCACAUAUAUUAUAUUUUGGUGAUGAUUAUGCCAAAUGAUGUGUGUGUUCAUUUGCAGGGAUUUUUUUAAGCAGAGUUUUUUCAUCUUUUAAAAACUUGGCUGUUCUCUAGUUGGUCUAUGUAAAGUACUUACAUAUGGUCACUUUUAUUUCUGUCUGUUUGAUGUACUCUUGGGGGUGCCUAGUUCUUCUCAAAAUAAAAAUGUUUAUAUGGCU